CGAAUCUCGGCCGUCACGAAGAAGAUAACUAGAAGAGGAAAGAGAGAUAUAAUCUAUGCCACUAUUACAAUGUAUAAUUUCUGAAGAUCGUGCAAGUCAUCCUAGUCUUCUAAAGUAGUGUAAAGUAAAAAAUGUUAAGAACUGCGACCAAAAUCUUGUUCAUUGCUUCUGCUCUUUCAACAGCACUAGCUCAAGACUGUAAGCCCGUUGAUUUUUGGGGAGACAGUAUAGUAUGUGAGUGCAACGCCACAUAUUGUGAUUAUUAUUCUGAUUCAAAACCACUAAACUCGGAUGAGUUCAUUUCGUAUGUUACAAGCAAAGGUGGUAAAAGAUUAAGUCGCAGUGAAGGAAAUAUUUUAAAUAAGGCCAAAAAUAGUCACGUAAUAAAUAUUAAUUCCAACAUUCAAUAUCAAGCUAUUGAAGGUUUUGGAGGAGCAUUUACUGAUGCAGCUGGUAUUAAUAUAAAAAAACUUAGUAAAGGAUCUCAAGAUAAUUUAAUAAGAUCUUACUUCGGUGUGGAUGGAAGCAAAUAUAAUUUUGGUCGAGUGCCCAUAGCUGGUACUGAUUUUUCAACAAGACCAUAUACUUAUGACGAUGUACAUGGUGACGUUAACUUGACCAAUUUCACGUUAUCUAACGAGGAUUUUGAAUACAAAAUUCCAAUAAUAAAACAAGCUUUAGAACUAAAUCCAUCACUGCGAUUAGUAUCAGCCUCUUGGACUGCUCCACCGUGGAUGAAAAGUAAUAAGGAAUACAAUGGGUUUGGCUAUUUACUGGAUGAUUACUACCAGACCUAUGCCAACUACAUUGUAAAGUUCUUGGAAGCGUACAAAAAUAAUGGGCUAGAAAUAUGGGCUGUAUCGACCGGAAAUGAGCCCUUUACAUCAUUGGUGCCCAUUAGUCAUAUUAAUACUAUGUUUUGGUCAUCUCGCACUGUAUCCGUGUGGAUACAAGAAAAUCUUGGACCAACUUUACAACAGUCAACGAGUAACAAUACCCAAAUACUUGUUUUGGACGACCAAAGAGUCGCUUUACCUUGGUAUAUGAUUAACAUGAGAAGGCAUAAUCCUGGUGCUUUGAAAUAUGUAUCUGGUAUUGCUGUUCAUUGGUAUACGGACGAAUAUUUUCCUGCUUUUGUACUUGACGUAACCCAUGAUGAAUUUCCCGAUAAAUUCCUCCUAAUGACGGAAUUUAGUGUAGGUGAUCGUCCUUGGGAGCAUCCAAAAGUUCAAUUGGGAUCAUGGUCUCGAGCUGACAGAUUAGUGAAAAAAUUAUUUGAAAACCUUAGUCAUUGGGUUGUAGGAUGGAUUGACUGGAAUCUUGCACUUGAUACUACAGGAGGACCCAACUGGGUACAAAAUUAUGUUGAUGCUAUGAUUAUCGUUGACGCAGAGAAAGAUGUGUUUUACAAACAACCUAUGUUCUAUGCUCUGGCACACUUUAGUAAAUUUGUGCCCAGAUCUUCAGUUAGAAUUCAUACAAACUCCGCAGACAAAUCUGUUCUAUCAUUGGCAUUUAAAACCCCCAACAACGAAAUUAGAGUUCUCUUAUAUAAUGAAUCUGAUCAAAAGAAAAAUAUUACUAUUGCAGAUGAAAAAGUUGGUUAUAUAAAUAUAGAGAUGCCAGAAUAUUCUUUACAUACUUUGUUGUACAAAAAUAAGUGAUCAAAUGUACCAUUUGUAAUAUAAAUGCAAAUAUACUAAAGAGUAUUGAAAAUGGAAAAUUUA